AUGGCUUCUGGGCUUUCCCUCCUGGAAGAGGAGCUCUCCUGUCCUGUGUGCUCUGACAUCUUCAGGGAUCCUGUUGUUCUGAAGUGCAGCCACAGCUUCUGUAAAGCCUGUCUGCAGCAGUACUGGGAGCAGAAGGGAUCUCGGGAAUGUCCAGUUUGCAGGAGAAAGUCUUCUAUGGAUGAUCCUCCACUAAAUCUGGCUCUGAGGAACACCUGUGAGGCGUUCUUAAAGGAGAGAAGUCAGAGAGCUGCAGCGGGAUCUGAAGAGCUCUGCAGUCUGCACAGAGAGAAACUCAAGCUCUUCUGUUUGGAUGAUCAAAUACCUGUUUGUGUUAUCUGCCAAACUUCAAGAAAACAUCAAAACCACAAACUACUUCCAGUUCAGGAAGCAGCAGAAGACUAUAAGGAGAAACUCAGGACUGCACUGACUCCACUGCAGGAGAAGCUGAAAGCCUUUAAUAAAGUGAAACUGAUCUGUGAUCAAACACUGGAGCACAUCAAGAGCCAAAGGCAGCACACAGAGAGGCAGAUAAAGAUGGAGUUUGAGAAACUUCAGCAGUUCCUGAAAGAUGAAGAGGCAGCCAGGAUAGCAGCAGUGAGGGAGGAAGAGGAGCAGAAGAGUCAGAGGAUGAAGGAGAAGAUUGAGAAGAUGACACAGGAGAUAUCAUCCCUUUCAGAGCAAAUCAGAGCCAUAGAGCAGGAGCUGGGAGCUGAAGAUGUUUCAUUCUUGCAGAGCUACAAAGAAACAGCAAAAAGAGCCCAGUGCACACUGCAGGAUCCAGAGCAGGUGUCAGGAGCGCUGAUUGAUGUGGCCAAGCACCUGGGCAAUCUGAAGUACAGAGUGUGGGAGAAGAUGCUGGAGACUGUUCAAUACACUCCUGUGAUUCUGGAUCCAAACACAGCACAUCCCAAUCUGUCACUAUCUGAGGAUCUGACCUGUGCGAUGUACAGUUCUGAAAGACAGCAGCUUCCUGAUAACCCAGAGAGGUUUGAUUGGUGGGAGAGUGUGCUGGGCUCUGAGGGAUUCAGCUCAGGGAAACACUGCUGGGAUGUUGAAGUGGGGGAUGGACAUUACUGGACAUUGGGUGUGGUCAAAGAGUCUUUGAAGAGGAAAAGGACAUUCGCUCUGAGCCCAGAGAGAGGAGGAUGGUGUAUAGAGCAGUGUUAUGGGGAAUACACAGCCCUGACCUCCUCACUUACACGCUUCACUGUGAAGAGGAAACCCCAGAGGAUCAGAGUGCAGCUGGACUGGGACAGGGGGGAGGUGUCAUUCUCUGACCCCAGGGACAACACUCCUCUCUACACUUUUACACACUCAUUCACUGAGAGACUGUUUCCAUUCUUUGAUAUUUAUUGGGGGUAUCAUCCUCUGAAAAUCUCCCCUGUGAGUGUUAGUUUAACAGUUGAAUAGCGCUGUGUGUUGAAACAGUGAUCAGUGAAGAUCAACUUCUGAUAAGUGCAGUCUGAUCAUUCUGAUGUGUGACAGAAAACAAGGAUACUCAGUUGUAAAGAGACUCACUCCUUCUUGGGUAAAAAACUAUAUAAAGUAUUUCAGAUUUCCCCACUAAAUAAUUCAUCCAUAAGAAGUCAGUGAGCUCCUCACACCUGUGCAUUUUAGCUGUGUUAGCAUUAUCAGGGCUGAUCUGAUUUGUGAGGUGGUUGUCAUUUUAUUCAGAAC